AUGAUUCGGAAUGAGAAUGCUGAACGGAAUCGAUGUAUUCAACAACAGACAGAUGCGAAUCGAAACGAUUGCGAUCCGAACGGAAAGAAAAACAGUGAUCAGUUGACCAAUCGGCGUCAUAGCAUAGCUCAUACCAAUUUUCGUAAAGCGAUUUACCGAAGUUUAUCGCUAAGUAACGACCUCAACGAUUGGAAGUCCUACAUCAAAUACUGUCUGAAAAUUUUCGCCAUCAGCCUGUUGGUUGUGCUUAUCGGUGCAUUUGUCAAACGCUUAUGGCAUCAACAUCGUCAUUAA